AUGUUAAUGGAUUUAUCCAAUGGUCAUUUAUUGAUAAAAGAAGAAAAAAUUUUACGGAAAUUAGUCAAUAUGAUUCAUGCCACAACAACAAAUGAUUUCAAUCUAUGUACAAUUCAUUCACGUCAAUUACAAUAUUCAUUAUAUACUACUUAUAAUACUACUACUACUACUGCUACUACUACUCAUUAUAAUGAUAUUCCAUCAGCAGCAGGAGCAGGAACAGGAGCGUCGUCAGCAUCAUCAGCAGAAGGAUCAGGAUCAUCAAUAAUGAUUAAUUUAAAUGAAACAUUUUAUCCGAUAUUUCAUCAUUUAAUCACACAAAACUCUUUAACACAAAAUUUCUUGCAUGAUAUAUAUAGAUCUAUACAGAUUAUGAGAAAUUUCAAUCGUUGGCAUAGCAACAAUCACUACCACGUCAAACACAACCCCAACAAUCAUGAUACCAGGAAACAAUUAGAAGUCUAUUUAUUUCAUUUAUUACAAUUAAAUCAACCAAUGAAUUUUAUAAUCUGA